AAAUGGCUGCAACCCAAGUAGAAUCGAUCAUAUAUACUGCUCUACUGAAUUAGCUACGCAAACAAUUGGAUUAUCUUCUACUUCAACAGAUCUUUCUGACCACUAUUUACUUAUUGCCAUCUUGGAAUGCCCGGAACUAGUAACCAAAAAAUCAUCCUCUCCAAUCAAAAAAAAGUAUUUUGACAUAGACAAUAUGAAUCAAGAGACCUGGUGUAACUUUGCUAAUAAAACAGACACUCUACUUGGUGUCAGUCCUAUCAAAAACUUCGGUCAGAGUAAUCUUACAUGCAAAAGUAAUAUUAAUUUCUUCUGGAAUCAACUACAGAGCAUUAUUAUCACUGCAGCCGAUCUUACGAUACCCGUUAGACAAUCUAGUGCCCACUCUAAAGCUAUCCGGCCAACGCUUUUAAAACAUGCAUAUA